GACAAUGAUUAAUGAAAAUUUUAAUUUUGAGAGUUGUAAAAAUACGUAAUACGGAUAACGGAAUACCUAAUUUAAAUAUAAUAUACCUAAUAUAGCAAAAUAAUACAUAAUUAAAUAACAUAAUAUAUUGUCUAUAUAUUUUACAGUAAACUAAUUUUGCGAUUUGUACUUGAAGUGUACUUAAAUUUUUGAUUUAUUCCAUUUUUUUCUUCGUAAAACUGUUUUUAUAUACUAAUCUGCCUAUUUUUUUAAAAUGGCCACUAGUUUAGUAAUUCUUGGUGAUAAUGCUGCCAGAAUUACUGUUAAAGUUAACCCUAACAUGACUAUACUCAAUGUGCUCGAAUUAGCUUGUACAAAAUGGAAAGUAGAUAGCAACAACUAUGAUUUGAAGUACCAUAAUAAGAUAUUGGAUACAACUAGCCUUAUCCGGUUUACAAAUAUUGCUAACAAUGCUUUAUUGGAAUUAGUACCAGUUGCUAAAUCUAGAAUAAACAGCCCAGUUGGUAUAUGGCUUCAAUUAGAAGAUGGGUCAAGGUUGACUGGAGAAUUUACACCAAAUCAAAGUCUAUGGGAUGUUAUCCAGUCAAUUCUUAAAGAAAAUGCUGCUAAUUAUGAUAGUCCGGCUAUAAUUUAUACCAGAAUGGAAAUAAUAGGCAAGGAGCAGUUACAAAAGAAAUCUUUAAAAGAUAUUGGUCUUGUUGGUGGUAAAGCAUUAUUAAGGUUAUUAAAUAAAAGUGAAUCAGUCGAACAAGCUCAUGUGUAUGUGCCUCCAGAAAGAAAGCCAAAAAUUGAAGAAUCUUCUCAACGUUUAGGUCAUAGAGAGAGGUCUCCUAUUGAUCAAUCUAAUAAUUUAGGUAAUCUAGAAAAAUUAAAGGAAGAAGUUCAACAAAAUCAAGAAACCACAGAUAUUAAUAUUCCACCAAAAACUGAGGCAAUAGAUACAUGUGCAACUAAUAAAACCAUAGAAAAUAAGGACAAAAAAAAUAAAAAAGAUAUUAAUCCUAAACUCAGUGAUGAAGAUCUCAACAAUUUCAAAUCUACUAUAAAAUAUCUAGAUGAACGAGAGACUUUGUUGUUUGACAUGAUGGAUGGAACUUUUGUUACUUACAAAGACGAAGGUGAUGAUUUCUAUGAGCCUACAGUCAAAGAUGUAACACUUGUGAUGAGGGAUUUGAAAAGUUAUAGAUCUCAACUUGAAGAUGGUCAACUAUGUACAAAUGCUAUGCGAGUUUUACAAAAAACUCAAAACCAAUUGAACUUGUUAUACCAGUACAAAAAGUGUAUUGUUAGAGUACAUUUUCCUAACCGAUUAGUGUUACAGAGUGUUUUUAAGUCAACUGAAAAUGUAUCAGACGUAAUUAGUUUUUUGCGAAAAUAUUUAGUCGAUGGAUCAAUGGAAUUUCAUCUUUUUACUGCACCACCUAAAAUCAUUUUAAACCCAGAAGAAACACUUUUAGAAUGUGGAUGCGUGCCAUCUGCUAUGGUACAUUUUUCAAGUAUGACAGAAAGUGAUCAUUUGAAACCAGAGCUCAGGGAGAAAAUUGUUUCUGCAAACCAAGCAUCAAUAGCUGCAUAUCUUGUCAGGAAAGAAAGAGCUAAAAAUUCUAAAACAACUAGCAAUGAAGUACCACAUGAUGAAGCUCAACAAAAUCCAGGUCCUAGUAGAAAGUCGAAUCAAGAAAUCAAACAGAAACCUAAAUGGUUUAAGCCAUAGUGAUAUAUUAAAUAUUUUAAACACCUAUUAAUGUCCAAAUUAAAUUUGAAUUCUCGAUAUCAUUAUUAAUAAUAAUUUAUUAUUGUAUAAAGGAAAAUUUAAAAUUAGUUCAAAAAAACAAAAUAAUUAAAUUUAUAAAAUAUAAACCAA